AUGGGUGUUAUCCAGAAUCUAAAAUUGUGGAAAAACAAUGUUACCCACAUUGACGAGCACGGCAAUGAGGUGACGGAGGAGGUUCCUCGCGUCCUGCCGCCAGCGCCAUGGAAAGUGAUUGCUCUUCUUGACCGGAAAGCCUGGCUGUAUUUUUGUCUGGGACUGGCUGCUUGGACAGCGGAUGGUUACGACUUCAACGCAGUCAACCUCGUUGCCACUGAGUUGUCAACCGUAUAUGGCAAAGACUUGAGCAGUAUCUCGUUAUCCAUCACACUUACUCUCCUCUUUCGGUCAGUGGGAGCCGUGAUUUUCGGUAUCCUCUCCGACUGCUUCGGUCGAAAAUGGCCAUUGUCGGCAGAUCUAUGGAUCCUGGCCGGUCUUCAAGUUGCUACGGCCUAUGUAACAGACUUUUCGGCAUUUAUUGCCGUUCGAGCCAUAUUUGGUAUUGCCAUGGGAGGUAUAUGGGGGCUUUCCGCAGCAAUGUCAAUGGAAAACAUGCCUGUUGAUGCUCGUGGUUUGUUUUCAGGGCUUUUGCAACAAGGUUAUGCCUUGGGCUACCUGAUCGCCGCCGUGAUCAAUCUUACGGCUGUCCGCUACUCAGGUGAAGGUUACAAGGCGAUCUUUCAUGUUGGAGCGGGCUUUACAGGAUUAGUAGCCUUGCUAGUCAUGUUCAUACCAGAAUCCCAUAUUUUUGCGAAUGCUGACGGGGAAAAUGCUGACAAAAUGCCUUUCCGGCAUAAAGCUGCUGGCGUGUGGCGGGAUUUAAAAGAGGCUUCGCGAUUAUAUUGGAGGAUGUUCUUGUAUUGCACUGUUUUGUGCAUGGGGUUCAACUGGAUGAGCCAUGGUUCGCAGGAUAUCUACCCAUCAUACUUGAAGGUUCAAAAAGGGUUUUCAUCUGAUCAGGCCAGCGUUGCAACUAUCGUCGGCCAAUGUGGCGCCAUCGUUGGAGGAGCUAUUUGUGGUUAUUAUUCUCAGUUCUUCGGUCGUCGUUUGACGGUUGUGGUGGCUUGCUGCUUCGGCGCUUGCAUGAUCCCGCUUUGGACUAUCCCGAACGCAUGGAGCCCAAUUGUCGCUGGUACAUUUUUCAUUCAAGCAGCAGUUAAUGGGGCAUGGGGCGUUAUGCCGAUCCUUUUGAAUGAGUAUGCCCCGCCGCAAUUCCGCGGUGUCUUCCCAGGGACGGUGUAUCAGCUAGGAAACAUGCUAUCUUCCCCGGCCGCACAGAUUUCAACUGUUGCAGCUAGCAAUUGGAUCCGCGGCACACCCUCGGGGCCAAAACCAAAUUACAGUCAAGUUAUGACAAUAACCAUGUGUAUUGUCUUCGUCGCCUGUGCCGUGAUCAUUGCCUGUGGACAGGAGCGGCUGGGAAGCCGCUUUGAAUUGGUCACCAGAGCGGGUGCUGUGCCGAAGAUCCAUCCAGACGACAAAAACCACAGCUUUGAGGAGACCGGUAGAGACGAUGCAAUUUCUCACAAGGAAGCUCCUAGAACAGUGUAUGUCGAGCAGGUUUGA